GUAUACGACACAGCGGCUAUAAUUAGGGUUUAUGGUUUCCACCAAAUAGACCAUUUUGGAGGGAGAGAAAAAAAAGGGGGGGAAAUUUCAAUGGCGUCAAGGGUUUCUCUGAAGGCGAAGGGUAAGAGUUCAAAGGGAUCGAAGGCCGCGGAAGAUCGAUCUGCGAGCGAGUGCCUGAAGGAGUGGACGACAUGGGCAAUGCGAAAAGCGAAGGUCAUCACUCACUAUGGUUUCAUCCCUUUGGUCAUCAUCAUCGGUAUGAACUCUGACCCCAAGCCCCCACUUUCCCAGCUUCUCAGCCCCGUCUGAUCUACCUCUUCAUUUCUUCCACCAUCAACGCGACCUCGUUUUUUUCUUUUCUUUUGCCCCCUUUCUACAUUUGUAAGUUUCUUUAUGGAUCAAUUUUCACUUGCACAUCUCAUGUGGCAUGGUGUGUUCAAAGUCGAUUAGCUUGUCUGUGUGUUUGGAUAGUUUUGAAAGACGCGGUAGUAAAUAAUCCGUUUUUUUUAUAAUUACAAUGUUCGAAUAUCGUUCCCGAGUUUUGGUUUGUUUAUCUUGAUGGAUUGUGAUUUUUAUGAUUUUGAUGGAUGGUAAUGGGUUGAUGAAUGGAUGAAUGAAAUGUGAUUUUGGGUUGCUCUGUUUUUUCA